CUGUAAAAAUAAAGAAGGUAAUCUGUAUGGGGAAACAUUUAGCCAGAUUUCAAAUCAUAAUCAGAAAAAGAAAACUACUGGAAUAAAACUAUACGAGUUCAGUAUAUAUGGACAGGUCUUCAUGCAUCAUUCUUUAAUAGGCACAUGACAUCUCAUACUACACCAAAAUCAUGUGAGUAUCAGGAAUAUGAAGAGAAGCCAUAUAAAUGCAAAGAAUGUGGGAAGGCCUUUAAGCAUCGUCAAUCUAGACACACGCAUGAGAAGAUUCACACUGGAGAGAAACCCUAUGAUUGUAAGAAAUGUGGGAAGGCCUUCAAGCUUCGCCAAUCCAAAAGACAUGAAAGAAUUCACACUGGAGAGAAACCCUAUGAAUGUAAAAGAUGUGGGAAAACCUUCAGAUAUCACCACAACUUUCAAAAACAUGAACGAACUCAUACUGGAGAGAAACCCUAUAGAUGUAAGCACUGUGGUAAAGCCCUCAGUUCUUUCAGAUACUGUCAAAUUCAUGAAAUAACACACACUGGAAAGAAACCUUAUAAAUGUAAGCAAUGUGGUAAAGCUUUUAGUUGUCCCAGUUACUUUAUAAAACAUGAGAGAAUUCAUAGUGGAUUGAAACCAUAUGAAUGCAAGCAAUAUGGUAAAGCCUUCAAUUGUGCCAGUUACAUUCGAAGACAUGAAAGGACACAUACUGGAGAAAAGCCCUAUGAAUGUAAAAAAUGUGGUCAGGCCUUCAGUUGUUCAAGUUCCUUUCGAAAACAUGAGAGAACUCAUACUGGAGAGAAACCCUAUGAAUAUAAGCAAUGUGGUAAAGCCUUCAGUUAUUCUAGAUCCUUUCAAAGUCAUGAAAGGAGACACAGUGGAGAAAAGCACUAUACAUGUAAAAAUUAUUAUAAAGCUUUCGCUUGUCCAAAUUCCUGCCGAAAACAUGAGAGGACUCAUUCUGAACAGAAACCCUAUGUAUGUAAGGAACGUGAGAAAGUCUUCAGUUUUCUUACAAAAUUUCAAAGACACAUGAUGAAGCACAUGGGCUAUGGACCUUAUAAAUGUAAAGACUAUGGGAAAGUCUUUGAUUGUCCCAGUUACUUUCAUUGUCAUGAAAGGACUCCCAGUGGAGAAAAGCCAUAUAAAUGUAAGGAAUGUGGUAAGGCCUUCAGUUUUCCUUGUUGUCAUCAAAUACAUGAAAGAAAUCACACUGGGGACAGGCCCUAUGAAUGUAAGCAGUGUGGUAAAGCCUUCACUUACCUCAGUUCCAUUUGAAAACAUGAAAGAACUCAUACUAGAGAGAAGUCCUAUGAAUGUAAGGAAUGUGGAAGGGCCUUUAUUUUUCUUCAAAUGUUCGAAGACACAUGAUCGUGCGUACUGGUGAUGGACCUUGCAAAUGUAAGGACUGUGGGAAAGGCUUUGAUUGUUCUAGUUCAUUACAAACACAUAAAAACACUCACAAUGGAGAGAAACCCUGUUCAUGUAGAACUUGUAGUAAAGCCUUCCCAGUUCUUGUUGAAACCA